UGCAAGACAGAGAAGUGAGGAUAGAGACGUGGAGAGACAGAGAGAGAGAAGUUUAAAAAAAAGAGGCUCAGAGAGACAUGGAGAGAGAUAAAGCAAGACAUUAAGCAAGAGACACGUGGGUUUGAGAGAAGGAACAGCUCGGAAGCCCCGCCUUCAUGCCCAGCAGGUGCUCUACCUGGCUCAUCCUCCCAGGUAAGCCUCAGCCAGUGCUGGAGGCAGUCUGACUCAGGGCCUCCCAGGGACUCUUGAGGAGCAUCUGCAGAGGGGAGGAUGGCCCAAGUCCUGCACGUGCCAGCCCCCUUUCCAGGGACCUCCGGCCCAGGCUCCCCGCCCGCCUUCCCAGCCAAGGAGACCGACCCUCCCUACUCUGUGGAGACGCCGUAUGGCUAUCGACUGGACCUGGACUUUCUCAAGUAUGUGGACGAUAUUGAGAAGGGCCACACGCUGCGGCGCGUGGCUGUGCAGCGCCGACCUCGCCUCGGCUCGCUACCCCGCGGCCCUGGCUCCUGGUGGACCUCGACCGAGUCGCUGUGCUCCAAUGCCAGCGGGGACAGCCGCCACUCCGCUUACUCCUACUGUGGCCGCGGCUUCUACCCGCAGUACGGCGCCCUGGAAGCCCGGGGCGGCUUCAAUCCUCGGGUGGAGCGCACCCUGCUGGACGCCAGGCGCCGCCUCGAGGAUCAGGCCGCUGCGCCCACCGGCCUGGGCUCCCUGACCCCCAGCGCAGCCAGUUCCACCAGCUCGCUGGUGGGCGUGGGGCUGCCGCCCCCGACACCACGGGGCUCUGGAAUGUCCACGCCAGUGCCACCUAGCGCUGGGCACCUGGCCCACGUUCGGGAGCAGAUGGCAGGUGCCCUGCGGAAGCUGCGGCAGCUGGAGGAGCAGGUGAAGCUGAUCCCUGUGCUCCAGGUGAAGCUGUCCGUGCUGCAAGAGGAAAAGCGGCAGCUCACGGUGCAGCUCAAGAGUCAGAAAUUCCUGGGCCAUCCUUCAGGGACCCGGGGCCGCAGUGAGCUCUGCCUUGACCUCCCCGAGGCUCCUGAGGACCCAGUAACACUGGAGACCCGGAGUGUGGGCACCUGGGUUCGUGAGCGGGACUUGGGUGUGCCCGACGGGGAGGUGGCCCUUGCUGCCAAGGUCGCAGUGCUGGAGACCCAGCUCAAGAAAGCACUCCAGGAGCUGCAGGCAGCUCAGACCCGACAGGCUGGCCCCCAACCGGAUCCCCAACCCCAGGCCUGGCCACCGACAGACAGCCCAGUUCGUGUGGACACCGUCCGGGUGGUGGAGGGGCCUCGGGAGGUAGAGGUGGCAGCCAGCACAGCUGCUGGGGCCCCUGCACAGCGGGCCCAGAGUCUGGAGCCCUACGGGGCAGGGCUGCGGGCCCUGGCGACAUCUGGAGGAACUGAGAGCCCCGCUGUGUUCCGAAGCCAUGAAGUGGUGGAGACAGUGUUGCCCUCGCCCACUGCAAGCACUGGCAACGUCCACUUGGUGAAGAAGAUCAGCAUCACGGAGCGAAACUGCAAUGGGGCAGCAGGUCUCCCACAGGCUCCUGCGGAGUCAUCCUCAUCACCCCCCGGGUCUGCGGCAGCCUCCCAGGCGCAGCCCACGAAGAAUGCAGGCUGGGUGCCCACUUGCGACACUGCCAACAGGGAGCCCACCAGGCAAGCAGCCUCACGUGAAUCGGAGGAGCCUGGAAGUGGAGGUGGGCUCCAGGAGGGCGUGCGGUCCAUUAUGAAGCGGAAGGAGGAGCCCGCAGACCCCGAGGCCCACCAGCGGGGCCUCCAGUGCGUGGGAGUCAAUGGAGGGUGUGAGUCCUCCUCGGAGGACUCAAGCACAGCAGAGAACUUCUCGGACAAUGAGAGCACAGAGAACGAGGCCCCAGAGCCCAAGGCCAGGGUGCCGAGUGUGGCCGAAGCCCCCCAGCUCAGGCCCACGGGGACAGCAGUGACCAAGAACAGCCGGGAGGAGUGCCAACUGUCUCGGGAGUCUCAGCAUGUGCCCACAGCUGCGGGAGCAUCAGGAUCAAAUGUGGAGAAGGAGAUCCGCAGGAUGGAGCUGAGCCCCGACCUCAUCUCAGCCUGCCUGGCUCUGGAAAAGUACCUGGACAACCCCAACGCCCUCACCGAGCGGGAGCUGAAAGUGGCCUACACCACGGUGCUUCAGGAGUGGCUGCGUCUGGCCUGCCGCAGCGAUGCCCACCCUGAGCUUGUGCGGCGCCACCUGGUCACGUUCCGGGCCAUGUCGUCGCGGCUGCUGGACUAUGUGGUCAACAUUGCCGACAGCAACGGCAACACCGCGCUGCACUACUCCGUGUCCCACGCCAACUUCCCGGUGGUGCGGCAGCUGCUGGACAGUGGUGUCUGCCAGGUGGACAAGCAGAACCGUGCUGGCUACAGCCCCAUCAUGCUCACAGCCCUGGCCACCCUGAAGACCCAGGAUGACAUGGAGACUCUCCUGCAGCUCUUACGGCUUGGCAACGUCAACGCCAAAGCCAGCCAGGCAGGGCAGACAGCCCUGAUGCUGGCGGUCAGCCAUGGCCGGGUGGACGUGGUCAAAGCUCUGCUGGCCUGCGAAGCAGACGUCAAUGUGCAAGAUGAUGACGGCUCCACAGCCCUCAUGUGCGCCUGUGAGCACGGCCACAAGGAGAUCACAGGACUGCUGCUGGCGGUGCCCAGCUGUGACAUCUCACUCACCGACCGCGAUGGGAGCACAGCUUUGACGGUGGCUUUGGACGCGGGGCAGAGUGAAAUUGCGUCCAUGCUGUACUCGCGCAUGAACAUCAAGUGCUCGUUUGCCCCGAUGUCAGAUGACGAAAGCCCCGCAUCGUCCUCCGCGGAAGAAUAGCCAAGAGGAACCAGAGGGGGACCAGAGGCGCCUGCCCUCAAGGGCCGGUCAGCCCCCGAGCAAACUGUUCCUCCUCCCUUGUUCCUUGUCCCUGGUCUCCUCCCUGGCCAGCCCCCCUCAUACCCACCAAGGCCUCAGUCUCAAAGGCAAGAGGGUUUUUCUUCUGCUUCCCAGAGGGAGCCCCCAACAGUGACAAGACUCCAGCUUAAAGUGGGUUUUUCCCAGUACCCCUGUUCAAAGCAGCCACAGUGCAGACCAAAGCUACAUUCUCAUAGAAAUUGGCGCCGGCGGCUGAUGCCGGGGCAUGGCUUUAUGGAAAGCACUUUGAACAAUCAACUGGCAGUGAUGGAUGGAGGAGGGUGAGAGAGGAAAAUGUUUUUGAAUCAUCAUCAGGGGAGGAGGGAAAUCAUAUUACUCGUUGCCAAAUUUGAAAGUCACUGGAAUUGCAUAUUUUCAUUUUAAUCCUGAAUGUUACGCGUGGGUAGCAUCUGGGGUAGCUUAAUGCCCCCUUGCCCCCAACAUUUAAUUGUCUGGUAUUCAAUAGCUUUUUGUCCACUCCCCCCAAUGGCUUUCUUGGGGGGAUUUUGCUCUCUUCACAAAACAGAUUCUGUCCUUGUCACUUGGAGUAGGAGAUUAGUCUUUUCUGCUUCCUCGUGGCCACUGCCCAGGUUGCCCCUGUUCGGGAGCGUGGCGGACAGGGCCUCAGGACCCAGCAGCAGAGAUGUGUGAACUGAGCUGAGUGAGCAGUUCACAUCACGAAAUGACCUGCGAAUCUGACCUUCCCUGCACAGAAGCCCCAGCAAAUAUUAAUUUUCCUAGAAAACCCCUCAGACCUGGAGACACAGGAAAUAAAUCUUGUUUCCAGAGUGGCUGCUGAGUCCCUGGGCUUAGAACCCGGGCUGUGGGCCGUCCUCAUCCUUCCCAGGCUCCAGAAUUUCUUUCUUCAAAGGAAAGAAAACAGGCCAUGUGCUUGCUGGCAGAGUGCGGGGCCAGCUCCAGAAACCCCAUGUGCACACGAUUAAAAGUUGGCUGCCCCCGGAGGGCUCCCAGCGCAAACUUAAAGAGGCAGGGCUUUGCCGAAAACCAAACAAGGGCCAGCUGGGUUUUUUUUUAACCUACAGGCUUUCCGGAGCUGCCUGGAACAGAGCCUGCUGGAAAUGGGGCUCGCCAGACACUCACAGUUUCCUUAAUGGCCUGUUUUGUCCCCAGAAUCUCAACAUAGUUUUCUUUCCUGUUCCUUCCUUUUGUGAACCAAAAAAAGAAAAGGCAUCGGUUCUGAGCCUCAAAAAGUGCCUUUGUGCAGAGGAGUGAGCCUCCUAGUUAAUAGGUGCCCUGCCCUCUUCCGCCCAGUUCUCGGCUCGGCCUCCAGGCGGACGCCAGACCACAGGAGGACAGAUCAGGCCCUGAGCGCUCACGCUGGCUUCUCUCCUACAGAAGUGGUUUUGGACGAAUGGAGUCUGGCUUGCUUUGAUUUUGAUUGAAGGGAUCCAAAUCUUUUUGACUUUGUACCUAAGACAAAAGAGUUUGGAUGGUCGAAGGAGGGAGGCACCCCAGAGUGUGUGUGCGCUUGUGCGUAAGUUGGAGAAAAAGCAAAACCAAAGCUGCGUGAGGAUGACCGCUGGUAUCUGAUGGAAGGCUGCCGCUGGGGCAGCUUCGAGAAGCGGCUGGAGUUGUGUGCCUGUGUGUCCUGGCCUGGAGCCCAGGGGUGUGUUUAUUUUAAGCUUCUAGAAACGGCUCAUUGACACCACCCCCUGCCCCUGAUAAACCCAUAUUUGUCCCCGUGGGCCCCCCUCCCCUGGUACCCACUGGGCUCGGCAUGGUAGGCUACGGGGCACCCUGCCUUCGCCCUCAUUGUCUUCUCACGUGUACUCCUGACCUUUACUCUCAAGCCACGGUACGUCCAUGCAGACAGUAUUACACUUAAGUGAAGUAUUCCUUUUUGUAAUCAUUUUUUAGAAGGUAAAGGACUUUAAUAAAGCUACCUUAUGAUAA